AUUAAUAUUUUGACUCAAGGGAUCUUCACUCGACGUUUUGUACAAUAAUGAAUUCUCCACAGCUCGAGCUACAAUACGGCAUGGAGAUUUUCCAAGUAAGCAAUGCAAAAAGGGUCCUAGAGUACCACGUCUUUGUCUAUUUGUCAUGGUAAUGCCAAAUUUGCAAUUCAUAUCCUCGUGAGUUUAGACGGAAAGGAAAACUGAAUCAGCUUUAUGAGGCAAUGGCAAAUUAGGGAGCAAUUACUCUCAGGUUUAGGCUCUGGCAAAAAAAAAUCGAGGUGGUUUCUUUCUGAACUCGACCAAGGAGUAAAAAAACCGCGGAGGGCGAACUCGAGGACAAAACUGAGAAGUUCUAUAUCACCACCAACCCGAUCAUCUGCUCGGGCACGUUGAUUCGUAGCUGGGUCGUAGUGAAGAAAUUAUAAGCCCAUCAUGGGGUUAUUUGCCUAUUUCUCAAACUGGGAGAAACCCGAGAAAGUGCACGAGAACAUUGAACUAAUGCCCCUUUUAUGUUCUGCUCAUGACAUGCCUAUUUCCACAUGAACUCUAUGGCAAAAGAAGAUUUAUGCACCGAGCAUCUGGCAGCAAGUGCUUAGGGGUUCAUUGGUUCAUUGCCAGUUGGCUGACUGACUGACUGGCUAGUCGGGGCUCCAACCACUUUUAAUGGUAUGUAUAUACAUGGCGUUGAACUGGAGUGCAUAGAUCACUCGACCCAUCCAAUGUGCCUUCUUCGUCUGAGAAAAGAAUUUAAUCUUAUCUCGUCUCAGUUUGUCCCUCUUCCUCGCUCGUGAAAUAUCGAACUUGGUCGCCAAGAGCCCCUUUGAGCUUUGACGGACUCAACUGCUGAACCAACCUCACGAGUCUCAGACGGAUCAACGAUUGGACUCGCACGCUCAUAUAUUUCAAAAUCUCAUUCCACCGCAAUCCAUACCUGAUGCUGGGAUGUUGGUGAAGAUGAAGAAGAACAAGAACAGGAAUACGACGGCGGCGGGGUCUAAAAAUUCCUUCCAAUCAUCGUGAUCCUCCUCACACCGGUGCAAUUCGACCCAAAAGCAGGCAUGCGUGUGCACUUUGCGCAUCCAUCCCCCCUUCUGCGUCUCCUUCGUCUUGGGCCAUUCUUCAAUUCACCUUGAUUCUCCUCGGGGUCUUUGGAGCAACGAAACCCGCUUUUUCUGGCCCCCCCCUUGUGAGAACGAAUGGGCGAAGGAAGAAGCUUCGCUCGAAGAAGGACCACGUUGUGUGUGCGCUCGCACCACCCUCAUCUGAUUCUCCCGCUUUGGUGUGAUGGGAUCAUUCAGGUUCUCCUGUCAAGAUAACAACGCACUCAAGAAUUUCAAGACCGUUGGUAGAAUAUGGGGGAACAACCAGCCAGACACACGGCCAGAAGGGACCUCGUCUUCUUAGCUUCUACUACCACAGCACAGUAUGAAACGUACGUACGUACGUACGUACGUGGAUGGAGGGAUGGAGGGGUGGAUGAUGGGAAAAGAACAGGAAAGAGACCACUACUGCUAACACUCUACUACUACUACUACUACUACAACUACAACAACUACAACAACAACCACCACCACUACUACUAACUGACUUUGUUACUUAGGUGCGAGAGAGUUAGUUGAGCAACGAGCAGGCCCUCCGGACUGGAGUAUUUUUCCAACUGAGAAAGAGAGCACUUGUUGUCUUCAUACAUUAGUUUUUUAGUCUUGUCUGAGAGUGCCUCGAAGCAAGUGUUCGAAGUGUGUGGUGAGCCAUGUAUUUAGAAUGGAAUUGCCACUCCAGCCAAUUGGUCAAAUCUAUUUCGCAACUUUGGGAGCGUGGAACCCUCUGGGACGUCACAUUGACCGCCGAAGGCAAGCAAUUAAAGGCACACCGACUGAUUCUCUCAGCAGCGUCGGAUUAUUUUCAGGAAAUGUUGACGGAAGACAUGGAGCGGCUGCCAAUUAUUUAUAUGCGUGACGUGUCGUUUCACCAGUUGCAAUGCAUCAUCGAAUUCAUUUACUCCGGGAAGACGGAAGUAGCCAACGGUCAAUUGUCAGAAUUUCUUGACCUCGCCCACAGCUUAAAGUUGAAGGGUUUCGACGAGCAUUGCGCUUUUGAAAGUACCAAGAGUCAACCACAGAGCUCGUUGUCUGGGGACAACAUGGGCACUCCCACGAAGCCCAAGGCCAAACGGAGAACCUUGUUCAAGGAGAAUGAAAACCCAAACGAAAACAGCCCCAUGAAACAUACAUUGAGUGAACCCGUUCACACCAUUGAACCGGACAACGUAAUCGCCCAGAAGAAGCGAAAGACGUCCAGCCUGGAUUUGCUCUCCCCGAGUAGUAAAUCUAGAGACGUGUUAUCGACCAAAGUAAUUCAAGAGUUCGUCUCAACCUCUCCCACACCCCUUUCUCCUCUGGUGCUGCCACCUCUUUGGUCAGCUGCCCCAUCUUCGUCGCCCUGCAAAAACGGGCGUUCCAAAUGGGACCAAACUAACACCUUCUUCGACUCUACCUCUGAAGAAGUGAUCAAACAAGAUCCAGAUGAUUCAAACAUUUUCAAGAAACCGUUUACCCCUCCCCCGUUGGGAGCCGUACCAAAACAUGCCAACACCCUUUCAUGUCCGGUUGAAUCACCAGGGAGAAAAGAGGAAGGGUCAUCGAACGAUACUUUGCCUAAUGCAACAAACCAAUCAGAGCCCAGUAGUAAUCUCAGUUUUGAUUCGACGAUGCCAAUGUUGGAUCCAAAGGAAUUGGCGGCGAAAGGGGCAACACUUCUACAUCAUUUAGCAGUGUGGAUGAUCGAGGAGAAGAAAAUCAAAGAGGAACAAGACCGACACACUGCUUCCUUGGCCGCCCAGAGAGCUCAAACAGGAUCCUUUCAUCUUUCAUUGACGAGACGGCAAAGGCCAUUAAGCGGCGAGGAAAGACCCGACUCCGGGUUAGAUUCGAAAGAUGAGGGCCGAGAUGAAACAGGAUCCACAACAACCACUAUAAAGGAAGUCAGUGGAGGAUCGUCUCCUGAAGUGGGCGAGAUUAGCCGUCAAGCUCUCAUCCGGCAACCUGUUUUAAGGAAACGUCGCCUCGCUCAUCAAUCUCAGUAAUGCGGACCUAAUUCAGAAUUGAUUCGUCUUCCAGAUUAAAUUUGAUUACAUUUCAUUGCGAGUAUCUAUUGGGGAG